GCCGGAGACAGCAGCAUUCCUCGCUCCUGACAUCAAGACUAUUAUCCAUCCGUCUCUGGGGUUAAUGUCAAUCCACCAACCUUGGAAGCCAGCCAACCCAUGCACCUCAUCGCAUCCUGCCCACCUGCACCUGCACCUGCUCCUGCACCCCUCCUUCCCGUGUGCCUAUCUAUUCUUACAUACAUACCUGCGCACAUACAUACAGUACAUACAUACAUCUGCCCGGACUACCAGACUACUACCUCACUCCUCCCCUCUCCUCCCCCUCCCUGCCUACCUGCCUUGCCUUGCCUUACCUUACCUUACCUUACCCUGCCUUACCUUGACCUACAUACUUCCAUUCUUGCCUGCUUGCCUGGCUGCUCGCCUGCGCGAUAUCCAUAACCUGCUUCUCUUCCUACUCCUCCUCCUCUCCGCACAUCCCACAGGAACCAGUUCAGGUCGUGCUUGAAAGACUUGAUUGAUUGAUUGAUUGGUCUGGUCCCCCCAAGUUGCUGGUUCGACCCGAGUAGGAGGCACAUGACGUGUAAAUUGCCGCUCAUUUCACGUCUCAUCUAAUCAAAUCACCCGCCGUGACGACGAAACCCAGCGACAGCUCCAAGUGCCGGCAACAUCUCUGGUCAUUAUGCUCCAUUCCAGCCUCGCCAUCCUCCUCUGACAUACCUUCUGGCUGGCGGGUGCUACCGCCCACGAAACCGCGCCGCCAUCGCCCCCGCCAUCACCUCCCGCCUUCUUACUCCUCUGUCUGUCUGUCCUGCCCGUGUAACAACUGUCUUUGUCCUAGCACAUCUCAUCAUCGUGCAGGCCGGGCACUGGUGACUGGUGACUGGCGUUGGCACCGACAUUUGCACCCAUGGUCCAGGCAAUAACAGCCAACAUGGCGCCCCUUGCCGGAGUGCCUGGUUCCUACAACCACUCCUCCAACAAGAUCUCGAAAUCACGAUCCAAGAUGGUCAAGCCCAUGCUGAAGAAGGUCGUCGUCUCGUCGCCAAAGAACUCGCUCGACCUGGACCGGGGGUGGGACGACCACAUCAGCGUCUACGACCCGCCUGCUCGCACAAGCCUGUCGCGCUCGGUCCGGGACGCCAGCCUGCCCGGCUCGACAUGGGAGCCCUCGACCUUUGGUAACGGCGGCCCAACAUCCGGGCCCGGCUCGGCCUGUCCCUCGUCUGGCGCGGCAACGCCUGUCGCGGGGCUCGAGAUCAGGAGGAAGCAGCACACGCGCACCACCUCGGGCACCAGCAUAGGCACGAACGGCAGUGGCCAUCGGCACGGGGGCGCCUUCGUCCACCCCUUCCAACAGCACCAGACCCCGCGCACAAACACCCCGCCGCUGACCUACGCCAACUCGUUCACCUCGUUCGAGCGCGACACCACCCCCAGGGACUACUCGCCCACCAUCAUCACCGAGAAUGACGACGACGACCUGGACAUUGCCGGCUCCACCCCUCUGUCCACCUCCCUGUCGUCCCACCACCACCUGCACCGCCCCCAGCCCAGCAACAGUCACUCCACCACCAGCCUGAGGCGCCCCUCGCUCGCCAGCCAGCGCACGCCCUCCCUGACAGACUUCAACAGCAACGUCAACAACAACCCACCGCUGCGCGUCAACACCACCCCCUUCUCCCGCUCCCACCCCACCGCCUCCUCAAGGCUCGCCCAUGGAUCCCUCAACACCUCGUACUCGCACUCCGACCUGCACAUCAACGGCGCCAGCCCUACCGACUCGCCACGCCCGUCGCUCACCCUGGGCAGCCCCAGCACCUCUGCCGCCCCCAUGUCGCCCCUGCGCACCAGCCUCGAGGGCGCCUUCCGCAUACGGUCCCGCAGCGAGGUCGACACCAGCGUCAACCGCGAGGACAUCCGCGAGGCCAGGCGCAAGUUCGAGGAGAACGAGAGGCUCAAGCAGGAGAAAUACGAGUCGGAGCAGCGCAAGAAGAGGGAGCGCAAGGACAGCAAGAUGGAGAAGGCCGCCUCGCGCAGGGCCACCGGCGGCAGCGACAAGGCCAGCGUCGGGCGGCCGUCCUUCUCGCGGAAGCGCACCCCACCAUUGAGCCCCUCCGUCAGCAGCCGCCACACCCACACCCGGCCCUCCGAGUCCCCCCGCCAGGCGACCAUCGAUGAGAAGGUCCAGAGGCCUGGGUCGGCGCUGAUAGGCAGCAACUAUGAGGGUACUGAGAACGGCGCGACGGUGCCGGAUAUCAACGACGUCCGUUUCGGAACGCCAAAGCGCGCCCACACGGCCAAGAGGAGGACGCAGAGCUAUUGGACCUCAUUCAUGCUGUGGCUCCGGACCCGGCUGUUGAAGCUAGGGAGGCGAUAGCUAUGCGAAGGGGGGGGGGGGCAGUGACUUUCUGCCGGAGGCGUCAAAAUAACCACUGCAGGACAUGAGGGCCAUUCGACUACCAGUCCUCGCGUGGGGUGUUCAUCACAUCAACAAUCAUACCGAUACCAAUAUAGCAGGCAGUCCAGCCAGUGCUAGACGCUGUCACCACCGGACCACAACAUGGAAUUACCCGUCACACGAGAUCUAGCGUUCUUUGCAUUGCGACCGUUUUUGACAGCAUUCAUCGUCCGUCACUCAUCGCCUUGGUGGAAUUCAAAGCUCAGCUUACUCGCAAGGCGUUUGGCGACAUACCCGGAAUCUUUUUUUCUGCCCGAGGGAAAGAAGGGGACUUUCGCGACCUAUCAUUUAUCACAAACUUUGUUUCUGCAUGCAUGCUUUUCGAAGCUGGCCCGGGCCUCACGGGGAGGGAAAAGCUGGAGAGGGGGGGGGCAUGUGUCUCGAGAAGGGGGCUACGGAGCUGACGGUAGCCCGGGCAACAAUGCCCACAGAUCCAGCCUCCGGGGCUGAGGGGCGCAACCCUCGGCCGGAACUGCGCGGGGCUGGGAGGGAAAGGGCAUCAUUGGGAAAGCGUGGAGGGAAAGAGGCGUUUUUGUGGCUUGGUCAUUUUCACCGUCAUGCAGCUCGGUUCUUUGUGUGCCAAUCGAGCCCGCAUCUCGCUCAUCAACGGAUGACGGUUGAGACAGGAGUAGAAUCGGGUCUGGGUCAAGGGGGUCACUUGUGUUUUCUUCCUCGCGGUAUCUCUUCACGUUGGGUUGUUUGUUUACAUGUUUGCAACACAAAAAAGGACGAGUCCGUCCUCAUCACCCGUGAAACGUCCGGGUUUAUAGACUCGAAAGAGAGACACGGCCACUUGCCUGAACGGCGGGCCAGUGGGGCAAGAAUUGAAGUUCUUUGCUCAAUACUUGCAGACUGCGGUCGUGUUGUGGUGAAGAUGGUGAUGGCUGAAUUGACCGUGCAAAUUAUAACCGAUGCGAGUCUCACCUCGCACUAGUGACAAGCCCAAGCAGGUGUUGAGUGGUUGUGUAAGAGAGUAAUAGUGCUGUUGUUUGUAUAUAUCAGUGAUGCUCGUGGGCUGCAUUUCUGAAAUGGGAUGAAGUCUCAAUUGGGAAAGAGAACAGAGGGUUAACAACUAACAUGUGAGA